AGGGUCGCUUUGAAGGCGCACGUCUCUCCUGCUCCUCCUCUUCUACUUUAAAACCCUCUCACUCUCAACUCACUUUCUCAGUCUCUCUCUCUCUCUCUCUCUCUCUCUCUCUCUGUUCUGUCCCUCUAUAAACAGACGAUAAGCUCUGCUUGGUCUGUUGCUUGACCCUCUUCUAUUGCUCUCUCUCUCUCGCUCUUGCUUCUGCGUGUCUGCUCUGCUUCGAAAUCAAAAGAAAACCCAGUUAGUACUAGUUGAAGGAGGUCUGUGUGCCCUUGGACGUUUUAGUUUCUAUUCCCUCCCUGCGACGAGAGUUGAGAAGAAGUUUCGCUUGAUCUUAAUGGAAUCCCGUGGGUUGGCUAUUCGUGAUAAUAUAUAAUCUGGGUCCACAUUUUUGGCAAUGGCAGACCUGCAAAACUCAGAAGCAGAGAGCAGUGGCCAUUCUUUCUCAUCAUCUCCAUCUUCUCCCUCUUCACCUGGUUCAUCUCAGUCCCUUCUCAAGCCAGUUUCAGACCCAUCAUUAAAAGACACAGAUGUGAAGAAAACCAAGAGGAUUAGAGACUGCAGCAAACACCCAGUUUACAGAGGAGUCCGAAUGCGCAAUUGGGGCAAAUGGGUUUCUGAAAUUAGGGAACCUCGCAAGAAAUCGAGGAUCUGGCUUGGCACAUUCCCUACCCCAGAAAUGGCUGCCAGAGCUCACGACGUGGCCGCGUUAAGCAUCAAAGGUAAUUCGGUGAUACUCAAUUUCCCUGAACUCGCUGGGUCUUUUCCCCGGCCAGCGUCUCUGUCACCUCGCGAUAUUCAAGCUGCAGCAGCCAAAGCAGCUGCCAUGGACAAAUUUGAUGCUCCAUCUUCUUCUUCAUCGUCUUCGUCAAUAUCUUUGUCGUCAUCUUUAGGGUCGACAUCGGAUGAAUUGAGCGAGAUUGUGGAGUUACCCAGUCUAGGAACGAGCUUCGACUCGCCCAAGUGCCAGAAUGAUAUCAUAUUCGUUGACUCCGUUGAUGGGUGGCUCUAUCCACCGACUUGGUUGCCUAACUCCGACGAUUGUGUUUAUUUUCCCGAUCAGAUUCCCUUGCCGGAGACUGUAACAGGUGGCUUUGAAGCUUUACUUUGGAAUUACUAGUUGAAAAAUCAAAAUGGUGUGCUUUUCUCUUCCUUUUUCGUUUCUUAAUUUGUCCUCUUAAUUUUUUUUGGAAGGGCUAAAGACUCUCUCUCUCCUUCCCUGCCAUAUUCUUCGUUUGAGUCAUCAAUCCUCUUCAGUGAAAUCAACUGGACAGUUCUAUUGUGGAAAGAGGAAUCAUAUGCUGUCCUAAUUAGUUGGUUUUUGAGUUUCUUUCCUAUCCCAAUGAACUUAGGUUUUGGUGUCUGUUACUGUGUUUUGAUUCUCUCUUUCAUAGAAAUGGAGUUUAUAGAUUACUGUUCA